GGCGGAACCAGUCGGGAGGAAAACCGGAAGAAUCGCUAGGCGUUUAACUUGUACUGAAACUUUUACCUUCUAACGUUACGCCUCUCUAAAGUCAGUCAUUCUCAUAUUUUAAGAGUGUAUCGCGAGUAGAAUAUACAAAGUGUGAAGUUUUAUCGCCGUGUGUAUUCCCCCCCCCUUAAAAUGUUAAUUGGCACGGAUUAUUGGGUUGUUUACAUUGUGAAACAGCUGACAAGCUAACUUUAGCUGUCCUAAAACGCGAGUCGCAUGACUUGUUAAUUUAUCACGGCUGUCCUCAACGAUGAACCGUAAACUUUUGCGAAACCUCUAACACGGAUUUAUUUGGUUUUCUCGUAACGAGCCGUUCAGUGUCUCCUCCAUGCGAAGUUAACGUUAAACCCGUGCAUAUUACCCUGGUCUACAGUGGUAACUGUUAGGUUAUUAGUUAGUGCCAGUGGAAGUCAGAAGCUAAAAAAAAUGCCCUGUUCCUGUGGGGACUGGAGAAGAUGGAUCCGGCCGUUGGUCGUCGUGUUAUAUAUUCUACUGUUAAUAGUCGUCCUGCCGUUUUGCAUCUGGGAACUACAGAAGUCAGGGGUGGGCACUCAUAUUAAAGCAUGGUUUAUCGCUGGGAUAUUUGUCUUGAUGACUAUUCCCAUUUCUUUGUGGGGAAUCCUCCAGCAUCUGGUGCACUACACCCGGCCAGAGCUCCAGAAACCCAUCAUCAGGAUAUUAUGGAUGGUCCCAAUCUACAGCUUGGACAGUUGGAUUGCACUGAAAUACCCCAAUAUAGCAAUUUAUGUGGACACUUGCAGAGAGUGCUAUGAGGCAUAUGUCAUCUACAACUUCAUGACGUUCUUGCUUAACUACCUGGAGAACCAGUAUCCCAGCUUGGUGUUGAUGCUUGAAGUCCAGGAGCAGCAGAAGCAUCUUCCCCCUCUCUGCUGCUGCCCGCCAUGGCCAAUGGGAGAGGUUUUACUGUUGAGAUGCAAACUUGGCGUAUUGCAGUACACUGUUGUAAGGCCUGUCACAACAGUGAUAGCUUUAAUCUGUCAGCUGUGCAAGGUGUACGAUGAAGGCAAUUUCAGUUCCACGAAUGCAUGGACGUACCUGGUCAUCAUUAACAAUAUGUCACAGCUGUUUGCCAUGUACUGCCUUGUGCUGUUCUACAGAGCUCUGAAAGAUGAACUAAGGCCCAUCAAACCUGUGGGGAAGUUCUUGUGUGUCAAAAUGGUGGUGUUCGUCUCUUUCUGGCAAGCAGCUUUCAUUGCUUUGCUAGUAAAAGUAGGAAUUAUUUCAGAGAAACGUACUUGGGACUGGCAGAGUGUGGAGGCGGUAGCAACCGGCUUACAGGACUUCAUCAUAUGUGUGGAGAUGUUCCUGGCAGCCAUUGCUCAUCACUUCAGUUUCACCUACAAACCUUACAUCCAAGAUGCGGAGGAGGUUUCCUGCUUUGACUCCUUUUUGGCCAUGUGGGACAUCUCUGAUGUCAGAGCAGACAUUUCUGAGCAAGUUCGCAAUGUUGGGAGAACAGUUAUGGGUCGUCCAGGGAAGUCCUACUUUGGUGAGGGAGAAAAUGAGUGCGAACGAUCUGGCCUUCUCUCGUCCGCCUCGCAAGAUGCCAUUACUGAAGCUGCAUCGAGUCCCAACGCUGAAGGCCAUUACCAGGGCCUGGGAAGAACUGCACCACACUCGCUGUCAGCUCCUGCUGGCCUCAGCUCAGCCAAGUGGGAGGAAGAUGCUGAGCCUGAGGAAGAAAGGACCGACCAAACCAAAGAAGCAGCAGAGGCAGAUCUCAUUGUGAUUACUUAGCUUGUGAUUACUGGGCAGGUCCCAGUCAGAUCUUUGCAGAACGAUGUUCAAGAAGCAACAAAGUUGUUUUAAAGAGCGCAUCAAGUAUUGGAAAGAACUGAAAAAGACUGUUAAACACCAAAAAAAAGGAUCCAAGAAUGUAAUGGAACUGAAUUUUCCUUGUUUUGUGCUUCUAGGAAGACUUGGAUGGCUCUGUUAACCCUCCACUUUAAAGAUUGUUUUUCCACCUGAACUCUGACAGAAAUAUCCACUUUUUUUUGUCUCAGCCCUAAAUUUAAAAUGAGAAAAGUGCAACUCUACACACAUUUUCCAUAAAUUGUGUUUUAUUUGGGGCAAACCUUCAAAUUGACAUCUGUGAAAAAAACAUUAGAAUUGAUUUCUGUUCCACCUUGAAUGUAAAUGUAGACUUGGGGUAAACUGCAGUUCAUUUUAACACUGAAAAUGUUGUAAUAUUUCUAUCAACAGUCAAACUGUGGAUUGUAUUUCUUUUGAAUUAACUGUAAAGUUUUUUUUCUUUCUUCAAUCGGUGGUACAAUCAGCACAUUCUUAUACGUUACUGUCAGUGCUUUACUUUGCACAGAUUUCUCUCUGUUAUCACAGAUGCCUUGUUUCAAAAUGUGCCGUAGAUUUAUUCCAUUCAAAACAAACGCUUUAUCGCUACAAUCCUUUCCCACCUUUAAAAUGUAUUUCAUACAAUUUAUGUUUUCUCCUAAUCUCUGACACAUUUUUUAAUGUACAUGCAUACCGAUAAACCCUCCUAAAAAUGUUGCAUUGUCUUUUUUUAAAAAAUAAACUGAAACUACACUAUA